AUGGCGUCUCCUGGCGGCGAUGGAGACAGCGGCAGCUCGCCGGCCUCGGUGCCGUACGAGGUUCUUGGCGACCUUCUGGAGGUGCGCAAGAGCGCGGUGAAGCUCCAGAGCAUGCUGGCGGAGACGCCGUCGUCGAGCUGCGCGGCGGCGAGCACCAGGCAGCUGAGCCAGCUCCUAGACGGGGUGGUGAGCAGGCUGCAGGCGAGCACGCUGUCGGUGAUGUCGCCUGCUGGAGGAGGAGCAGGGAGGAGAGGAUCGGGAGGGAGGAAGAAGAAAAGCCCCGCGGCUGAAUACUCCGGGCCGCACCGGCGGAGCAGCUCCGGCAGGAGAAGAUCGAAAAGUCCUUUUGUCAAGAUGGUCACAGCCAAGGAGCUGGAGGACGGAAAGCAAUGGCGGAAGUAUGGGCAGAAACAUAUCCAGGACUCCCCUAACCCGAGGAGUUACUACAGGUGCACGCACAAGCCAGACCAAGGAUGCAUGGCCACGAAGCAAGUCCAGGCCUCCGAAACCAACCCGUCGGAGUUCGUCAUCAGCUACUACGGUGAGCACACCUGCAGGGACCCCUCCACGAUCCCGUUCGUCUUCGAGGCCGAAGCCCCCACGGCGGACUACGCCAACCUCAUCAGCUUCGGGUCCCGCGCCGCCGCCGUCGCGAGCACAAGCAGGGACGUGCCUCUUCAGAGCCACCGUCAUUUCUUGGCAGACGCCGCCGCCGCCGCCGCCGUCGAUCCAACGCCGGCAUGUAGCUUCGCCAACUGCGGCUCCCCGGUGUCGCCGCCGGAGUGCGCCAGCGAGGAGGUCAUGCAGCUCAGCAGCAGCUUGCCGCUCGCCGCCGUGGUUGGAUCCGCGGGGACGACGCCGUCGACGUCGAUCGUGGGGUCAGCGCCUGCGGGCUACUGGCCGUCGGGGGUCAUCGGCGGUGACAUGGCGGGCAGCUUCCCGUCCUCUCCCAGCAGCCUCGGGUUCAAUAUGGCUGGCUCUCUCGGCUCCUUUGGGAAUCUUCCUGGGGAUGACGACGACAUGUUUGGCUUCGAUCCCUAACAAAGGCUUGCAUGGAUACAUUAAUUCAUGCCAUGCUAAUUAUCGCUACAAAUAUCCAAGAAACAAGUCCGCAAUUUGCAUGAUACUAUUGCAGUGACAUAUGGUGCAACAAUCCGUAAAAAUAGUAUAAUAUUCUAUUGCUAGCAAUACUUGUAGUAUAGUAGUACGGAGUAGCUACUACUGGAUUGGAAAUCCAACAUAUGUUGAUAUGUACAUGCAUAGUAUAUACUGUGUAUAUUAGUUGCACUAUUGAACUAGUGAGUUUGUGUGUCAGCUCAGC